AUGAAUGGUGGAUUACUCCUCGAAAUUCCUAAGAAGGGCGAUGGCGAGGUGGGUCUCAAGCUGAUGAACAAAAUCAGUUCCCUAUUCUCCUCAGGCGACGUUAACAUUUCUUGUCCUAAAAAGUACAAAGAACUUCUCAUAACGAAUCUGGACUUAGCUUCUUCCCAUCAAGAAAUCAAUAACACGUUACGCACCAUAUGUGGAGAUAAUGAAAGCUUCAUAUUGGGCCCAGUUCGACCCAAUGCGAGGGGAACAGCCACAGUAUGGUGCAAAUGCGAUGAAACUGCAGCAUUCAAACUAAUAUCGAAACAAUCUGCGCUGAUUGGUUGGUCCACUGCCAGAUUCUUACCCCUCGAGAACAGACCCAUCCAGUGUUUUAAGUGCUGGAAUUUCGGACACGUCCGGAAUAACUGCACUUCUGAAAUCGACAUGAUAGACUGGUGUUACAAAUGUGGUAACCAAGGGCACCCAUCCA